UGUUCCCAUCAGCACUGGUGAGCAGCAGCUGAGCGCUUCCCAUCAUUUCUCUGUAAAACCUGCCGGAGAAAAACUCGCUUAGCUGCAGCUGAUACCCGAGCAAUCAUGUUCUGCAGACGGGCAUGGCAGAGAGUCGGGCCGCUGGCACGGAGGUCUUUCAAGCCGACACACAGAUACGCUCCGGUGCGACACAUGGCCUUCGGUGUUCCCGGAGGCUCCACCAACAUGACGUACUUUGUUUUGUGUGGUGGCGGCCUCACUGCGGCAGUUGUUUAUGCAUACAAGACGGUCAAUGAUGAUACCGAGCGUUACGAGGAAAGACUCGCCAACAUGGGCUCCAUGGCGAAGGCUUCUUCAGCAAAGGCAGCACCAGAGGCAGCUCCACCUGCAGUUGAGCCUGCACCGGUGGAGGAGGAAGCCCCUGCUGCUGAGGUCAUUGCUGAGUCGGCCACUGCUGCUGCUGCAGAACCUGUAGGAGAGACAGCUGCUGAACCUGUUGUGGAAGCUGCAUCUGAAGAAGCAGAAGCUGCCGCCGUCUCUGAGGCGGUCGUUCCAGAGGCAGCAGCUGAGACGGCAGCUGAGUCGGCAGAGACGGAGGACGCCGCUCCACCUGUGGAGGCAGAGGUGGUUGCUGAAGCAGCUCUGGAGGCCCCAGCAGAGGAACCAGUGGCAGAAAACGCUGGUACGGCAGCAGUAGAUCCCACUCCACCUGCUGAAGCCGAGGUCGCCCCUGCUCCAGAGGUGGCUGCUUAAACCUGUGAUGGCUCGAUAGUUCACCCAGUUGGAUGUGCUCUGUCCCUCCUCCCUGCCCCAGAAAAACGGACUCAUUAACCCCAUUUUUUUGAUAAUGAGGGGAAAAAAAUGCAGUUUCAGUCGUUUUUGAAAAAUCUGUUGGGGGUUCAUCAGUCCAGUUUUCAGCUGCCCUCCUUCCCUUAGCUCUCCUAAUGCUUCACAUCCAGAAACAUCUGGAAUUAGUCUGUGUGAUUAGACCCACUGUGGAAAAUUAUGUCUGUAUAGAAAAUCUAUCACAAAAAGGAAGAAAUCCAAAUUAUAAUUUGGAUACUGUGCAGUACACGGGGUAAAUAUAAUGGACAGAACUAAGUUGGUAAUUAAUGCUUUCUGAAAAAUCUGAUUUUAAGUGCUCUUAAAACAGGACAGCCCUGUUUCUUGUUCUUUUCCAGCAGGUUUAGAUGGUAUUUUAUGUGUUCAGCCAUGUUUUCUUUCAACCUCUGAACUCACUGUGAAGAGUUACCUGAACCAGUUAGCUCUUUGUUAGCAGAAUGCAGUGCUGGUCUUGUGUUCUCAAACUAUAAAACAGUUUUUGCACAGAGAGCGACGUGGUUAAAACUUCAUUUCCUACUUUUUCUCAGUCUUCUUUUUUUAAUCUCGUGCAGUUAGAUGCUUUCUCAUAUUCAUUAUUACCACAUAUCCAUCUUAUUCUUCUACAGCUACAUCGGCCUGCACUCACUUUAUUUGCCUGGCACACAUUUCUAUUUCAUUGCCAGUUCGUUCCCUAAAAAUUCAAAGUUCUCUUUUUGUUACUGCUGUCUCUUUCCUCUUUUACUCUGAACCUUUAGUCUUUCAGGAAACACUACAGAAAAUGCAUUCAGCCUUAUGUCCGUGCAUUGAAAAUGGUCUUUGGUACAGCUGUAAUAAAGAUUUUCUUUAGUCCUCA